CACACACACACACAGCACACACACAGAGAACAAAAAGAAUAUUAAACUGUGUUCUUUUAUUAGGUUAAGGUCUUAAAUGGAAGGAAAAACUGUGAAUAGCAAACCAUGUUACUUUACCACGUUUCUCUAUUACUCCAGUUUUGCUCUGCAAGUCCUCAACACCCAAAAAACACUAUCAUACCAGAAACCACAAACUAAAAGAACUAAAAGAAAAACUAAAAGAACAUUAAACAUUAACAAGUCUCCUAAUUUUAUCAUUGUGAUAAAAAAAUGCAUAAAUGACAUUUCAUUUCAACAUUUACUCUCCCUGUUGUUAUUUUUGGAUUACUUAAUUGAAACAUUCUUUCAAAAUGAAAAUAUUCAGUAGAGCCAAAACGCAACUGUUUCAAGUCAGUUUAAAACAACGCAGUUGUUUGAAUGAGAAACCUAAUAUAAUGGUGUUACAUGAAAAUGUGUUUUUUUUUUAAAUAAACUGAACAAUAUCAUAAAAUCAUUUUUUUUUACAGUCUGUUUUAUGUUUUGAUGUCUAAAACCAGAGAAAAACUUGAUCAUUUCCAAUUAUUUUUUAUUUUUAUGUUUAUUUAAUUUUUUGAUGUGUGAUAGUUAUUAGUGCAUUUUUGCAAGUGCAAAAACAUUCUUAUGUAAAAAAAUAAAAAAUAAAAAAAUAAAAUAAAAUGAAAAGGUCAAGCCUUAGCCAAUUUGUUUUGGCGGAUACCACAUGGUUUGAUAUGUUGUCUAAUGCAAUACAAUUUGCACAUUUUAGAGUCAUUAUACUUGUAACACGUGUGAUGUUUCCGGUCAAAAAUGACCGUCUUACAAAAAAUUGCUUAUAAAUCUCUCGUUAUGCUACCUUAUCACCUAAUAUUGGAUUCAAUUUUUUGUCAGCUUGUUUUCUUUAAAUUAGGACAGGUUUUGUAUUUAUUUUUGGAACUGAUUGAUCAUAUGCCUUAUUUAUCUGAGCUUAAAGUACCUCAGUUUUUGAAUGGAAAAAAAGCAUUAUUUGUGGAUAAUUUGAUCGAUUUUAUGUAGAAUAUGAUUUUUUUUUUAAAUUUUGUACAAAAAAGCACAUUUGUUGGGUUCCCGGUCAAAAAUGUUGGCAUGACAGCUUUCACAUUACCAAUUUUUCAUGCAAACCAUAUGCCCCAUUUCGAAAUAAACGGCCAGUGUAAAAGCAGCCUCUUUUUCACAGAGUUGUUCACACCAAGUUGUUAGACUCCAGUGCAACAACAUUAACAAGCAUUUUUGGGUAUGUGAAAAUGUUCUGUGUGUGAAAAUGACCCGAACACAACAUGAGGGUUAAGUGUUGUUUCAAGUACUAUGGGCCACUCUAAUGCAGUGACAAAUUAUGUCUUUAUAAAUGAUGUCUUCAAGUAACUAAAUAAAUACAUAAACAACUUGGCUAAAUAAAUAUAAAAAUUGAAAAGAGUAUAUUUUGGCUAUGUUCAUGUACACAUGCAGAUAAAGAGCUGUAUCUUGCGAGGGAAGCAGUAAGAAGAUGGAGGCAACCUGAUAAAAGCCUCAUGUGUGACUCAGACCUUUUUCAGACAGCUCUAUCACAUCAGUGGGUGGAGUUUCAUCUGCAGAGCUGAUGACACAUGAUUAAAAAAAUUAUAAAUGCGGUUUGAAAAGGGUUUUUAUUAUUUCCUCUAACUUUUUAAAAAAUGUAAUUGCUGCUUGCAGAAUCCAGUUCAAAAGCUGAAUAAUUUAGCAGCUGUUUGCUCGGAUUUGUUCACCAAUUAGCCCAUGAACCGUGGAACUGCAUUUGAGAUGUGGCCAUUGGUUCUACAAUGAAUGUUCAGUGUGAAGCUGGACUAUAGGCUGUUUCAAAGAAACAUUUUAAAUGCACUUAAAUUUAAUAGCUACUGUAAUGACAAUAACAUCCAGUGGGGGGCCUUGGAACUUUAGUGAAUGUGAAACACUGAAUCUCCAUGUCCAUAUUUAGAGAGUGAGACCAAAAGAAUGUGUGUGAUGGAAUGGGACAGAGAGAGAGAGAGAGAGAGAGAGAAAAAACAGGGAAAUAAAUGAGAAAGCCUUGCCAAGGAGGGAGGGUGAAAGGAAGAGAACAGUAAUGAAAAUUAAAGAGAAAAGAAAAAGUUGUGGGGGGACAUGAGAUGGGUUGGAUUUAGAGCAGCCUUGCCGAGGAUGAUUGAGGGAGAUGGAUGAAAAUGAGUCCACAUCAGUGGCUCUCAAACCGCAUUAACCUUCAAUCUACCAGAAGUGGACCGGUGACCAGGCCUGUGGAGGAAAAGACGAUGAAGUCCACAAUUCCAAGAAGAAAAACCGCUGUUGUUAAAGCUUUCAGCAAAACCAGACAAAGCGAUGAGUAUGGGGCAUGUAAUGUAUCCCAAAAUGCAGUGUUGUUGAUGGAAGCCCAUGCUCACCUUACCAUCGGCUUGCAGUCAAGAGAGAGGCUUCUGCUGCUUUUCACAGAUUCUCUUAUCAUCGCCAAGACUAAGUCUCUGUAUCUGAAGCUGAAGGCUCGUGUUAGCCUCUCAGACAUAUGGCUGGCAUCCUGUGUUCAUUUCAUCACAGACAAGAAGCUUACCUCCAAGAACUCAUUUGUGAUUGGAUGGCCGACCACCAAUUAUGCUGUCAGUUUCAGCUCAUCAGAAACAAAGGAGAGAUGGUUACAUGCUCUUCAGUGGCACACCUGCAGAGCCAGGCAGAGAGUCUUGCCAAAUGCUAUUCUUCUCUACGUCCUGCUGAUCUGCCAUGCUGAUGACAACAGCUCAGCGACCGUUGCUGUGGCAGUGGACGUGAGCACUACUGCAGAAAAUGUGGUUCAGUAUAUCAUGCAGCAAUGCAAAUUACUGGGUGAAGUCUCGGACUACCAGCUGUGUGUGAACUAUGAAAAAGAAGAGGAAACAUACCCCCUUAUUGGCCAUGAGCUACCAUUCUUCAUCUUGCAUCAUUCCCUGAGAAGUCAGCAAGACCAUCUGCACAUGCCCAGUGAGCCCCUGCAGGAAGCAUUUAGUUCUUCCCAACAGGCAGAGGCCUCUUCCAAGACCCCUCACUUCACACUAAAAACCAGAACACGCACUCCUAGCGGUGCUUUGCUGAAACACAAAAGAAAGAGGUCUCUGAUAGAUUGGGCUCUGAGAAGGGGACACUUUAACCAAUCUGAUGGCCAGUCUGACCCACAAACUGCCUCUCACAAGCUAUUUGGUCAGUCUCUUUCUUCCAUUUGUCCUGAUGGAAACCUGCCCAAGCCAAUAAUGGACCUGCUAUAUCUGCUGUUCUGUGAGGGUCCAGAGACCCGUGGAAUCUUUCGGCGUUCAGCAAAUGCCAAAAACUGUAGGAUCCUGAAGGAGCGAAUGAAUUCUGGGCAAAGUAUUUCACUGCAUGAACAAUCAGUGUUCGUCUCUGCGUCUCUAAUUACAGAGUUCUUACGGAAGCUGCCUGGUGGUGUUUUGUGCUGUGACUUAUAUGAUGACUGGAUUGAAGUGCUACAAAGUGAGGAUCAACAGGAUAGACUUAACAAAGUCAGAAAUUUGCUUGCACAGCUGCCGGAGGAGAAUGUUACCUUGCUGUGUCACUUAUUUGGAGUGCUACACAGGAUACACAGUCACUCAGAGGUGAAUCAGAUGACAGCAACAAACUUGGCCCUUUGCAUUGCACCCAACAUGCUCUGGAGGACUUCCCAAAUCAGCCCUGAGAAAGAGGGACAGAGUGUGUUGCAGGUCGCCAUGCUUAUCCAGUACCUGAUAGAAAACACGCCUGCCAUAUUUGGAGAUGAUCUGGACAGUCUGUUCACCAGGCAGUUGAAUUCAGAGCAGGAAACACAUGACUACACAGAUGCUUCGUAUCUUCUUCAUCACUCCUCUUCAGAGGACACAGAUCAAGACUUCACUGUUUCUUCCCAACUAUUUCCUGAAGUACAUCCCCUUUUCCUCCCUUUGGCUGCACUUUCCCUGAAAGAGAAGAGGAGACCCCGGCCCUUUCCUAUUGAUAUGCCAUCAACAGAAGGUGCCUACAGCUGUGGAACACUGGAUUCCAUUUCAUCACGUUCCAGUGCUUCUGUGAGUAUGCUGGGAGUUGGGGAGCUCAGCCAAUCACGCGAUCGAUGCCUCUCGGAACCUUCCAUGUAUUUUUCCACACCCCAAACACCGGCACCGACUCAUACUCCUGUUAUCCGCCAAUCCAGCUACGAUGCCACUGUAAUAGACAGCAGAAAUGAGCAGUCACAAGGCUCCAUGGGGCUGAGCCCAGAACAACAAUCACACAAUUCUGGAAUGGGUACCAGGCGACGACGUUACACUUUCUGGAAGUCGCCACAAAUUCCCACACGCUUCCGUCAUCCUGCUCAGAGAUUAGCUAGCAUGUCAAGUCUGUCAUCUACUACCACUUCUUCCCUCAGCUCACUGGAUAGUACAUUGUCCCUUAGCUCCGCCGAUCCAAUCCCCAGCCCUCAAGAUACACAGUCCCGGCCAUUUCUGUUCGGAGCUGCUGCGAGACUGCGGCCUCUCACACCUGAAAUGUCCAGAAAGCGGUGGACAAGUACUUUCACUUAUGAAGAGGAAGAGGACGUUUGGAAAGAGAGAGAUCAAGAGACUGAAAAUAAGAAAGAGAGUGGAUUUGAAGCGUCUUUUCAUGACUUUGAUGGAGAGAAAGCAGUGAAAGAUGGAGAAAGAGCCGAGAGUGAGGAUGCCAUGAGCUGUGAGUCCUUCGGUGAUAUUCAUGAGGUUAAAGGUGAAACAAGACAAUCCGUGUCUGUGUGCAGCGUGGAGUUUAGUGUGAAUCCAUUACAAUCCUCCACCGCAUGCCAGAUAGAGCAUAAUCCUGACAUGAACUCGCAAUCAAUUUCACUGAAUCCCCGCAGUGUAUGGACAGUCCCACAGGCGAAUCAGGUUGACAAUGAGAUACAGGAAUCCCAGGUGACACAAACACUCACGCACACUCCCACAACGACACAAAAGCAAUCCAUUAUCAAAGGAGAAAACUCUGUAAGUCAGCUCCAGCUAGAGCGGAAAAAAAAUUCUUGCUCAAACCUGCAUGCCUCAGGUGGGCAGAAAGUGAGCAGAAUGAAAAUCACAGUCUUUCCUUUUGAUGGAAGAGUGAUGCUAAAACAUUCUGAGGUCACAGAUCAAACCGCAAACUUGCAGAUGGAAACAGAGCAGAAAGUUGAGCCAGGAUUCAGUGUAGAAAAGGACGGAAAUGUGCGAGAAUCUGUUCAGGUACAUAUUCCACAGACACUGUUUUACGGUCAUAAUGUUCCGCUAGUGUUACUUUCUACACCACCACAGCAAACGUCAGUCCAAGUGAGGACACAUUGUACUCCCCCUGAUGAUGUGGGUGUGACAGAAGCAGGUUUGUGUGAUAAAGCUAAUGUUAGCUUCGUCACAACUGAUAUUAGCAACGGUGUAAGCAGUUAUCCAGCAGAAAAUACCAUUCAGAGCGUCAAAUGUAUCAGUCAUAGCGUGAGCACUGUUGAUGACCUGCACAGCCCUGGCUGUCUUACUGAAACUGCUAGCCCCACUGUUAGCAUUAGGGGUGGUUAUAAUGUUAACCCCAGUAUAAAGCUUAUUCACAGCAAUGCUAAUCCGAAACCUGCUAGGAAAUCCUCAGGAACCUUUCGCCACACAAUCUGUAUCAAGCUCCCUGGUAGCAGAGGGAUGGCACAGAACAAGUCGUUACCAUAAUUGAAUCCUUCUAGUUAUAUAAUACUAUGAAGAGAUGAAGUGUAUGCAACAUUUGAUGUCAAUGUGUCAAUGUGUUUUUUUUUUUUUUGUAAGAACGAGGUUAGGCAUAGAGUCUGUAGAUUUUAUGAGAAUCUAUAAAGCGAGCAUGUUUGUUUGUGUAUAUGUAUGGAGUAAAGGCUGAAGGCAUAAAAUGAAAAACAUUUCCGCAAGGAUUGCACUGUGGGGUGUGCAAUUUCAAAGGCUUCUGCAGAGACAGCACACAGAGAUGGGAGUGAUGCAGUUGUGUGAAUGGAAAGCUCAUAUUGCUCUGACUAUACAAAAUAAAAUGAACUAUAAAUUCAUUAACAUUCAUAUCACAAAACUGAAACCAAAAUACACCAAAGCCUAAAACAAAGUAAACUAAUAACAGUGUUGAAUGUAAUAUUUUAUUCAAAAUAAGACACUAAUGUACUGCAUAUGAUUCAUGAAAAAGACUUACCCCCGCUUUCACAGACAAGGCUUAAGCUAGUCCUAGACUAAAAUGCAUGUUUGGGCUGUUUUAACUGAAAGUAACUUGUACUGACAGAUCUUAAAAUAUGUCAGUGCCAUUGUUUUGUCUUAAGAUGCACACCAGUAAUGUUUUUUUCUAGUGUACGUUUAUAAAAGAUACUUAAAUGCCUUAAUUGAACUAAGGCUUAAUCCUGGCUUAGGCUAAGCCCUAUCUGUGAAACCAGGCCUUAAUGUUUAGUUGUUUUCAAACCUUAUUUAAAAAAAAAAAAAAAAAAGAUAUUUUGAGGAAUGUUGGGGUCCAAACAACACUGAACCCCAGUGACUUUCAGAAUGUGGACAAAAUCAGUCAUUUUGCAAAAUAUCUUCUUUUGUGUUCUAAAGUCAUUAAAGUUGGCAAAACAUAAGAAUGAGGAAAUGAUGACAGAAUUUUUGGGUGAACUAUCCCUUUAAGAUAUUAAUUAAAUAUGUUUAACACAAUGAUUUCAAAUAUAUUAACUGAAUUUUACAAUAUUAUUUUUCAGUUUUACAAUAUACUUUCUGAAUUCUGGUCAUAAAUCAUGAGAUUAAUUGCAAAAAUUGUAUGUUACCUUUGUCAUCUCUAAAAUAUACGUUUUGUAAAAUCUUUUUUUUUUUUUUUACGGCCCUCAGAACCCUGUUGGAACCCUAGUUUUAGAGUGUGUGUGUCACACACACAGACACAGUGAAGAAAAGCACUGGGAAAUUCCAGUCAUGAUUCAUUUUCAGUGAGAGGGAGGCGUGCAAUUGUGAGCAGGUGAAAUCGCAUCGAACUGCUCUGAAUAUGAAAUCUCCAGUCUCACACAAUGCCGCCUCAGAGAAUGCUGCCAUCCGUGGCUGGCAAUUCUCUAAGCAAAUUUUAUGAAUUCGCAAUUAUUUAUUUUAUAAUGGCUCUAUAAGAGAUUAACACCAAUGGAAAAGUUUAGUCAAAACAACAUUUUGGCUGGAGUGGUAUAGGGGGCACAUGUGCAUACAAAGAACACAUAAGAUUGAGAAACAUAAUAAGACGGAAGAAAAGAUAAUAAAACAGAAAGAAUCUGGUGUUGAAUGCAUGAACAGAAACACGCAUGUAGAACUGGAAAAUCAGUGUGAUGUAAACAGUAGACGUCACAAAGUGCAUCACUAUGGGAACAAAUAUAGUAGAAGGGACCUGUAUGUGAAGAGAGCAAAAAAAAAAAAAAAAAAAAACAGAUAUAACCCAGGGAAGCUGAUCUGUGUAAGAUGCGGGAUGUUUUUAGAUGUAAGUGUGCAUCAGUAGAUCCAGUGAAAACCUUUUUUUUUUUUUUUUUUUAAAUAAUCAUUUGGUUCAGAAUCAUGUUUGAUUUUUAUCCAUCUGGAUGGAAUGUUUUAAAGUGGGACAAACCAACUAAUAUCACAAACAUCACAGAAUCAAUUCCAUUUCUAAUAAUUAGGAUAUUUGUGCUGUUGUUUCCCACCAAAAUACUAAACUAUAAUACUAAAAGUUAAAAUAUUCAAACAUAUGUUUGUUUUAAACAUUUGAUUACUGUAAGAAAAAAACACGUUUCUUAAUAAACUACCAGCUUUUCAUGCUAGAAUAUUUAAAGGGAUAGUUCACCAAAAAAUUUUGUGAUCACCUCAUGUAAUUCCAAACCUGUAUGACUUCUUUUCCUCUGCACAAUACAAAGAAAGAUAUCCUGAAAAAUGUAUAAUUAAAGUCUGUGGACUCCUAUGACUUUGAGCCCUAUGACUGGAUAAAAGCAGCUGAAACAUUCUUUGAGUGUGUGGAGAUUCUCUUGACAUUCUCUUUCUGCUAUUACUUGAAGUUUCAAGUGCAUAUUUGAAGGGAGAGUGCCUUCCAGAUACAACUGCUGUUUUUAUUUAAUGGCAGGUAACACGUUGCUUCAUGGAACAAACAUACAAGGUCUUUUGUUAGAGCAAAAAUUCUUUAAAAUUGAAUAACCUGUAAGAAACAUUUCUGCCCCUGAGCACAAGGAACUGCAGGACUGACAGCUUGUAAUUUGUGUCUGCAUGGAUUUCAACAAGUCCAUUUAGAUUAAGAACUAGAAUUGUUCAUAUUGUGGGGAAAGAAUUUGACAUUACGUCUGAUUCUCCCAGUUCUGUAUUCAGGAUAAAAUGUACAUUUUAUCUUGAAAUGUAAGUUGCAAUAGCCUUUUCUUCCCUAUUGUGACGUAUAUCCAAGUGAAACGGCUUCUUGAACAAGAAAAAAUGUAGGACAGGAUUUUUUUUAUCCAUCAAGAUUUGAUUGAAUCAUUAGAUUGUUGUGGUUAUUGUUGCAAUCUCAUGUGAGUGACAGGUUUUCCCACCCUUGUGCUGAAAACGUGUCAUCAGAGAAGACGAGAUGUUGCUGCAAGAGGGUGGGGGAGUUAUUUUGGUUAGAGAUUACGAGGGCAGAUUAAUAAAAAAAAGAUGUGCACAGAUAAAUUAUUCAUAAUAAUUACUGCAAUAUCCCAUAAAAAAUAUGAAUUGUCAGUUUUGAUUUCAUGCCGAUUUUAAGUAAUAUUAGCUGUCAGGUAUGGUAUUCCUGUGUUUUAUCCUCAUCCGUGAAAACUGAAUGGCAGUGCUACACAAAAACCUUGACAAAUUUCUUCUGCUAUCAAAAUUACCUUCAGCAAAUCAUUGAAAUCAGAUUACCGCCUUAUAGUCUUUAAUGACUAAAAACGCGCAACAAUGGAAAGGAUAAAUCUGGUUAUGUAGGAUGAGGAAGAAACAUUGGGGGGAGACAAUACAUAAUGCAUAAUAAUGAAUAGUUGCAAAUAAUGAAUGAAAUAAAUCUGUCAAUGCAACGAUAAAUGAUUUUGAUCAGUCCAUCCAAAGUAACAUGAUAGAUGCAGGCAGUGAUGAAAUACGUUUUCUAUUUCUGGCUGACGGUGGUUAUGACUGGAUGAGAUCCUGCAGUACAGAUGAGGAUGAGGUAUAGAGGGAUGUUUAUUUUUAAGGUGUCAUCAAACUAGACUUUGUGCUCCAAUCACUUCCAUUCAUGUGAACAGGUAUAAUAGAGUGCUCCUUGCCCACCUUUGGUGAGCUCUGACCUGUGAAUUUUACCAAAAAGGACCUAAAGGUCACAGAUUUACCUGAAAGCUCAUUAUUUAUUAUUCAUUAAAGACAGCCGUUUCUCUUGUCACACGACCACACAGUGGAUGCUUCACAAUCAGAAGGCUCAUUCUGUGUAAUAACGCUGCAUAUCUCGGCUGCCAGGUCAUCAAGUUCCUUCAAAGACGUCUCAGUUUAUAAGAUGCUUUGAAGGCAGACUUCAUUUCAUCCUUCAUUCGGCCCGUUUUGAAGGAUGCAUCAAUUGUUUUCUUUGUGUACUCCAAGCACCCACACACAAUCUUUUGCACAUAUUCCAAUUCACAAGAAAGAAUGAGCAGAAUGAAUUGCACUGAGCUUGUCCAAUUUCACUACAUAAUGCAAGACAAAGGCAUUAUGCUUUCUUUUGCUUUGUUGUAAAUUACUCACAUAAUUCUAAACUGUGUGUCAUUUAAAAUACUGGGAGACCACAGAUGGUUGUCAUUGCUUGUACUACAUUAUUUUUCAAAUUAUACUUUUAAUAGUAUUUUUGUGUAGUGACCACGGGGGCCGCCUCAUUUUAGGUAUUUAAAGCAAUAGUUCACCCAAAAAUGAAAACUGUGUCAUUAAUUACUCACCCUCAUGUAGUUCCAAACCUGUAAGACUUCCAUUCAUCUUCAGAAUGCAAAUGAAGAUCUUUUUGAUCAAAUCUGAGAGCUUUCUGGCCCUCCACAGACACCUAUGCAACUGAUGUUUUGACUUUUCAAACAGUUCAAAAAGAGAUUGUAAAACUAAUCCUUAUGAACAGAGUGAUUUAGCACAAAUUUAUAUGAUGAACAGAUUGAAUUUAGGCUUUUAUUCACAUAUAAACAUUCAUCAGCUCACACAUCAGUUAAACAGAAGCUCAGGCAUGUUUGCUUUAAGUGCGAGAACCAGUGAGGUUUAUUCUCGUAUGUUACACAGCGUGCUUGAGCUUUUUUAUUUCAAGAAUUUUCGCAAGAGGUUUGUUCUCGCGCAUCAAGCAGGUUCGUUUGAGCUUCUGUUUCUGUUCGCCGAUCAAUGUUUAUAUGUGAAUAAAAGCCUAAAUUAAAUCUGUUAAUCAUAUAAAGCAAUCACGUCUCUUCAGAAAAUUUGGACUAAACCACUCAAUUCAUAUGGGUUAGUUUUAUGAUCUCUUUAUGAGUUUUUUGAAGCGUAAAAGUAAAAGUGGUAAUUGUGUAGCUGUCUAUGGAAGGAUAGAAAGCUCUCAGAUUUCAGCAAAAAGAUCUUCAUUUGUGUUCUGAAGAUGAACAAAAGUCUAUUGGUUUGGAAAGGCAUGAGGGUGAAUAAUUAAUGACAGAAUUUUCAUUUUUGGGUGAACUAUCUCUUUAAUACUGAGAAGGACUCUAACAUACAAGCCUAUGAAGGACUGGACUAGGAAGAAUGCAGCCUCUUGUUUGAGAGGCACCCAACAUUCCACAUUUCAGACGGCUGUUAAUCUGCAGAGAAAGUGUGCAUGAUGUGCUUGCAGAUGGGUGUGCAUGAGCAAACGUGCAUAUGUGUCAAAGUGCUGUUAAUGAAUCAUGAUAAAUGAUAGCUGAGACUCAACUAUUGCUCAAAAGCUGUAUGUUUAUGUUUUCAUUAUGUGCAAGUUAUUCAUAUGUGGUUUUCUCCUAAUAUUCCUCAUUAGUCUAUACUGUAUAACCCAAAGCAACAGAAAGCAGUUGGGAGUUGCAAAGGUAACAGCAGGUGAAGAGAAAAUCAAUCUACACACUUUCAUUCAUUUAACAGAAUUUAUCGGUGUCUUUAUGGGUUUAAUUUCACUUAAUUCAAGACUGUUAAAUUGUAUAUCACGUGUUCUUUAUCCGGGUGUUUUUCAUGUAUUUAAACAAGUAAAUGUGUUUUCAUUUGUUUUGUAAAUGUAAACACUAUUAUCACAGAUUGUAUAUUUAAAAACACAAUGUGUGCAGUGUGCUCUGUUGUUGUUGUAACUACUUUCACAGGUAGGAUAAUAUAUAUACAAUGACUGCUUAAACAUUUACAAGUGUUUAAAUAAAUUCAAAAAUCAGUUUUAUAGCUGGUUUUAAACUUGA